AUGUCGGAAGCUAAUUUCAAGGCCAUGUUGCAGCAGUAUGCUCAUGAAAGCCCAGAUGUCUCUCCAACUAAAGCCGGCCCAGCGCGAGUUUUGCGGUCACGAGCACGCCCAGCAUCGGUGGCGGCAGAUUCGCAGCAAGUAAAGAACAAGGAGCAAAAUGCUGAGCAAUCGAAGGAUUCAUCAACCAUCAAACCGUCGAAGAAACGUAAGGCGCCAAGCAAGUACGCGCCUCCAUCGAAGUAUCAACACCUCAGUCCUCUUACCGAUAUUCUGGCUCCAAAUUUGAUCGCUGUAUUUGUGGGAACAAAUCCCGGUAUACGCACCGCAGCUCAAGGCCAUGCAUAUGCACAUCCCUCGAACCAGUUUUGGAAGCUACUUCAUUCUAGCGGCUGUACUGAUGAACGGUUACGCCCCGAGCAAGAUGUCGAACUGCCGGCCCGUUACUUGCUUGGGAAUACUAAUAUCGUAGAGCGGCCCACCAAAGAUGCUGCCGAACUCAGCAAGGCAGAGAUGAGUGAUGGUGCUCCUGUCUUGGAUGAGAAAUGCCGCAAAUGGCGUCCUGAAUGUGUUUGUAUCGUCGGCAAAGGCAUCUGGGAGGCUAUAUUCCGAUAUCGCCAUGGCAAGAAUCCAACCAAGGCCGAGUUUCACUGGGGCUGGCAGGACGAGACGGAGAACAUGGGCCGUGUCGCCGCUGCUGGAGAGGAUGGAUAUCAGGGCGCAAAGGUGUUUGUCACCACAAGUACGAGUGGUCUUGCCGCCAGUCUGAAGCCUGCCGAGAAAGAAGCCAUCUGGCUGCCGUUUGGCGAGUGGUGUAAGGAAAGAAGAGUCGCUCGGAGUUGGCCGCCA